GCGGGUGACGCUCAGCGGCUCGUGGCUCGACGACCAGGUCGUGCAGGUCCGCCCCUACACGCGCAACGUCGGCGGCUCCAACUGGGCUGGGAACCAGACGCUGACGAACUUCUCGCUGCGGCUGGGCGAUGGCCCCUGGAGGUCCUUCGCGCGCGUGGAGUCCCCCCGGCUGGCCGCGGUGGUCGGCCAGCUGACGGUCCGCUUCGUGUGGCGGGAGCGGCGCGGCCCGCGCGCGGAGGCCCAGAGCCUGGAGUUCCUCCUGGGCGAGGGGGGCCGCCCGGCGGUGCUGACCGUCUCGCAGGCCUCGCACCAGGCCCUCGACCUCGAGAUGGAGGGCGUAGGCCGCCUGGGCUACUCGAGGAUGGGGGGCGUGCUCGGCACGGAGGGGCACUCGGCCUCGAUCGAGGAGGCCGCCCGCCAGUGCAGGGCGGCGGCCCUGCCUGCCGCGGGAGGGCGAAGGCCGGCGCCGACGCCGCUGGAGCGCGCCUCCACUCUGAGAGCCUCGUGGGCGUGA